AUGCGUAUUUCUUCCACUGUGGCGGCUAGCGCCCUGCUGGCGGUGGCUUCCGCUGCUGAUUCCACCAACUACCUUGGUUUCAACUCCGGAGCUACCAAGGCUGACCGAUCCGCCAAGUUCAAGGCUGACUUCAAGGCCGAGUUCGAUGCUGCCGCCAACCUCAAGGGCGCCCCCGGCGACUUCAAUGCCGUCCGUCUCUACACCAACAUCCAGGCCUACUCCGACAGCGACCCCAUUGAGGCUUUCGAUGCUGCCGUUGAGACCAAGACCAAGCUCCUCCUCGGUGUCUGGGCUUCCGGAACCGAUAACAUCGACAAGGAGCUCAGCGCCCUGAAGAAGGGUAUUGAGAAGCAUGGCAGCAAGCUGACUGACCUUGUCAUCGGUAUCACCAUCGGUAGCGAGGAUCUCUACCGUAUCUCCGAGACCGGUAUCAAGAACAAGUCUGGUGUCGGGAACUCCCCCAAGGCCAUUGUCGGCUUCAUCGAGAACUUCCGCAGCUCCUUCAAGAGCACCGCUCUUGCCAAGGUCCCCGUUGGCCACGCCGACACCUGGGAUGCCUGGGGUAACUCCACCAACAAGGCUGUCAUCGACAACGUCGACUUCAUUGCCGUCCACGAGUACCCCUACUACGAGACUGGCAAGGGCAACAGCAUCGACAACGCUGCCAAGCUGUUCCAGACUGCCUACGACAACACCCUGGCUGCUGCUGGUUCUAAGCCUGUCUGGGUCACUGAGACUGGUUGGCCCUACACCGGUCCCGACUGGGACGAGGCCAAGUCUGGCACCGAUAACGCCAAGAAGUACUGGCAGGAGGUUGGUUGCAAGAAGCUCUUCAACAAGGUCCCCACCUUCUGGUACACUCUCCGUGAUUCCAACCCCGACAACGAGGUCAAGUUCGCCAUUACCGACAACCUGAGCACCACUCCUCGCUUCGACCUCAGCUGCGACGGCAUCAAGGAGGACGACAAGUCUAGCUCCACCAGCAAGAGCGGUUCUUCCUCCGCUACCAAGACCGGCUCGUCCACUGCCUCCAAGACCCCCGGCGGUGACGACUCCGACUCCACGACUCUUGCUACUGCCACCCCCACGCCUUCCUCAGGCAACAGCAACGGUGGCAGUGGCACCACCACCACCGGUGCCUCUGCCAGCCAGACUUCCGGCCCCGCUUCGUCCGCCCCUGGCCAGAAGAUCUUCAACGCCUACACCUACGCUGCUCUCGCCGUCGUCGGAGCCGCCUUUGCCAUGUUCUAA